AUGGCGGGAAAUAAGACCACCGAUUCUCCAAAUCAUACGAAUGCAUCUUUAUCGAGUUCUGUUUUGAAGUCAGCCACCGUCUUGUUAUCAACAGCAAAAGUAAAUAUAUUAGAUUCAAACGGAGUGCAUCAGACUGUCCGUGUUUUAUUGGAUUCAGGAAGCAUGAGUAACUUUAUCACUGAUGCAUGUGCCUAUAGAUUAGGAUUGAGUCGUCAACGAUCAUCAAUUCCGAUUGAGGGAAUUAGUGGAUUAUCAUCGACGUGUAGCAAAGGCAUUGUCCAAUGUCAUAUUAAGCCCAGAGGGCUAGUCGAUCCUGUAUUUGAUUUUGACGCUAUGGUGCUGGCGAAGAUCUGUUCGAAUCAGCCUCAAAUGGUCCUUGACGUUUCCAAGUGGCAACACUUGCGAGGUUUACAAUUGGCUGAUGACAGUUGUGGUGUUCCUGGACCAAUAGAUAUAUUGAUUGGAGCCGAAUUACUACCCUAUAUAAUGAAAACUGAUCGCGUUUUCGGGAAAACGAUUGAUGAACCUACUGCUCAAUUAACAGUUUUUGGAUCGGUUCUCCAAGGUAGAGCUUCCCCUACUACAAACUUUUCUAUUCGCACGUCAUUACAUACCUCCUUAGAUCAAAUUAUGGAACGAUUCUGGGAAGUGGAGAAUAUAAAUAAGAAAACAGUGAUAUCGUCAGAAGAUGCCAAGUGUGAGGAGAUAUUUCAACAUACGGUUCAACGUACCGUUGACGGGCGCUUCAUGGUUUCAUUGCCAUUCAAAACAGAAAGACCGAUUUUAGGAUUGUCAUACACACAAGCGAUGCGUCGAUUCAUGACCUUAGAAAAUAGAUUGAUCAAACUUCCAGACCUUCGCUUCGAAUAUUCAGAAUUUAUGCGUGAUUACCUCGACAAUGGACACAUGUCUCUGGUACCAAGAGAGGAUUACCAAUCUUCUAAAGCUUAUUACAUACCCCAUCAUUGCAUUAUCCGCCCGGAUAGUACAACUACUCGUCUUAGAGUCGUUUUUGAUGCUUCAACAACAACGUCAAAUCAGAUUUCGUUGAACGAUAUACUGCUUAUCGGACUUAAGUUGCAGAAGGAUAUCACCAAUAUUUUGCUCAACUUUAGAUGUUUUAUUGUUGGAUUUAUUUGCGACAUUCGUCAGAUGUAUCGUCAAAUUUUAAUUGAUCCGAACCAAAGAGAUUACCAAAGAAUUUUGUGGAGAUUUUCUGAAACAGAACCAAUCGAUGAAUAUAGUCUCAACACAGUUACUUAUGGAGUUGCCUCUGCUCCAUUUCUGGCUCUCCGCACUUUACAAGAACUUGUUACUCGUGAGGGUUUUCGUUUUCCUUCGGCAGCAAAAAUAAUACAAAACCAUAUCUAUGUCGAUAAUGUUGUUGCCGCUGCGAAUAACCUUUCAAAAGCAUUGGCGUUGCAAAGAUAG